GAGCCGAGCGCCGCGCGCCUCAUUGUAACCAUCUCUCUCUCUCGCGCGAGGAAGGUAGUAGUAAGUAGGUAACGUUAGCCCCGUUGCCCGGUGCACUGUAACAAGGCUCGAGCGCGGUCGCAUGCGAACGGCGGUGUGAAGAGAGAGCGCGCGCGCGUAGAAGCAGCAUCAGAAGCAUCAGCAGCGGUCCGAAAAAAAAAUCCGUAAGAAAUAAAUAAAAAAAUCCGAGAAAAAAAGAAACUUCGCGAGAGAGGCAUGGCCGUGUCCGCGACUCCGCCGGUGCUUUCGCCGACUUCCACCCCCGGCGCGGGCAGCCUGUUCCGUCCCGACCCGCUGUACUCCAGUCCGGCCGAGUCUCCGUGCCUCACGAGCAGCAUGAUCAACUCCUUCAUCAGCGGCGGCGGCGGCGGGGGAGGCGGCGGCAGUAACGGCAGCGCGGGCGGCGGCGGCAACAACGAGUGCAAGAUGGUGGAGGUCCACGGGGUCAAGGUGGCCUCGUUCACGGUGGACGGUCAGGAGCUGAUCUGCCUGCCGCAGGUAUUCGACCUCUUCCUGAAGCACCUGGUCGGCGGGCUGCACACCGUCUACACCAAGCUGAAGCGGCUGGAUAUAUGCCCGGUGGUGUGCACGGUGGAGCAGGUCCGGAUCCUGCGGGGACUCGGCGCCAUCCAGCCCGGCGUGAACCGCUGCAAACUCAUCAGCAGGAAAGACUUCGAGGCGCUGUACAACGACUGCACGAACGCCAGCUCUCGUCCAGGUCGUCCUCCGAAGCGUUCCCUGGGGGUCACCAUGCAGGACAGCUCCAGGCUCCUCCCCCACAGCGUUCACGGGCUGCUGUCUCCGGGCCUGCUCUCUCCUACAGGUCUGACGGCGGCGGCCAUGGCGGAGGCGAUGAAGCUGCAGAAGAUGAAGCUGAUGGCCAUGAACAACAUCCACGGAGCCGGGAGCCAGAACGGCACCGAGUCCGAGAACGAAGAGCUCAACUCCAACGCAGGUGGCAGCGAGUCGUCUUGGGAUAAGGAGAAGCUGCAGUCCCCGCCCUCCUCCGGUGCCCAGCACGGCCUGGCACACGCCAGCCUCGCCGCCCAGCACGGCCUGACCGGCUCCCACCUCACCUCCCUACAGCAGAGCCACCUCCUCGCCAACCGUCUGGAUCUACCCUUUAUGAUGAUGCCUCACCCCCUGCUGCCCGUCAGUCUGCCGCCUGCCUCUGUCGCCAUGGCAAUGAACCAGAUGAACCACCUGAACACUAUCGCCAACAUGGCUGCUGCCGCACAAAUGCACAGCCCUCUUUCUAGAGCAGGAGCGUCAGUUAUCAAGGAGUGUGUGCAGGACAGUCCAUCUCCAGCUCCGUCUCUGGAGGAAGCCCCUCGCCCCGGCUCUCAGCCGUCCUCCCACGUCAGCAGCAGCGUCUCCAGCUCCCCGAACCCCCACCCACAGAGCCCCGAGCGUCUGGUGCUGAAUUCAGCUGAGAUUGGAGAUAUAGCAGACCGCGAGACUGGCAUCAACAUGAAGAAGAUCCUGAAAGAGAAAGAUGAGGCUCAGCUGGCGCUGCCUCUGCUGAAGCCGGGUUUUGAGAAGCUUCCUCUGGGCGCUCAGACUCUUCCUCCGGGUUUUCCGGCUCCGUUCCUGUUCGCAGACGGACUCUCCUCCGUGGAGACGCUGCUCACCAACAUCCAGGGUCUGCUGAAGGUGGCGGUGGAUAACGCCCGCGUGCAGGAGAAGCAGGUGCAGCAUGAGAGGAAGGAGCUGAAGAUGGAGCUUUACCGCGAGAGAGAGAUGAGAGAGAGCCUGGAGAGACAGCUCACCUCCGAGCUCCACAGCCGAGCCACCAUCCAGAAGCGUCUGAAGAAGGAGAAGAAGGCGAAGAGGAAACUGCAGGAGGCGCUGGAGUUCGAGUCCAAGAGGAGAGAGCAGGUGGAGCAGGCCCUGAAACAGGCCACCUCCCCCGAGAGCCUCCGCAUCACCCUCUCCGAUAAAGUGAUACCAGAAGUGGAGGCUGAGCAUAACGGCAGUCAGCAGGAGAACUCAGCUGUACAAGAGAACAGACCCUACUCCAAGCCUCCCAUCAUGUACUGAGGUGGACGUGCAGCUUCUCCUGACCUCCCUCCCGCCUGUAGAUGGAUGCUUCACCCCGCUGACGCUGGACUCUGUGCUGGGGGGCUGUGCUGGGGGGCUGUGGGGUUUUAUGGAGGCACAAUGAUGAGGGUGAUGCCCACAGGUCACCCGGUCACACUAAUGUACAGGACUGGACUGAGUGUGUGUGCGCUGCGCUGUGUGCGGUGUGUGAUCGCGGGUUCGGCGGUGUGUAUCCGGAGUGUACCACGCGUUGGCAGCCGCCCACCACACUACAGCACCUUGUAAAGAAAUGAAAAAACAAAAAACAAAACAAAAAGAAGAAGAAAAGGUUCAAAAAGUUCUCCUCCCCCAUGUUUUUUCAACUACUUCUACAUUUUACCACUUUUUGAGACUAAAAAAAAAACUAUGAAGUGUUUUUUUUUUUCUUCUGGAUGAACGUACAGUACAUCUCCUCACGCUCUUUAUCUUCUUACACCUUCUUCUUCUUCUUCUUCUUCUUCUUCUCCUUCUUAUUAUUCCUCCCAUCUCCUCGUGAAGCACCCUGCUGCACCCCCACCCCCACCCUGAUCCCCACCCUGACCCGUGCUUUUAAUGUUUUAUUCUUUUAUCCAGUUCUGCCAUGAUUAUUACUGUCUUUAUUAUUGUUACUGUUAUAAUUAUUAUUAUUAUUGCUAUAUUAUUAUUAUAAUUAUUGCUUUGAGUUGACCCCGUGUGCAGCAGUGAUUCUGUACAGCACAAACAAGUCUUGACGAGGCUUUAAAAAAAAAAGAAAAAAAAGAGCGAAAGGUAUGAUUUAUGAUUUAUCUCAACACGAGAUAACACAAGAUAACAACAACUACUCCAAGAUAACAACGAAACGAGACCAGCAAGCUCCUCCUCCUAGUGCUCCUCCUCUUCAUCCUCCUCAAUAAUUAAUCACUGUCUGUAUUUGUUGUGUUUUUAUUGUUAGACGCUCUUAUUUUUUAUGUUAUUUUUUGUAUUAUUUUAUUUUAUUUUAGUAACGCCGCAUAGAAAUGUCCUACUUUUCUCGAAACCUUCUCAAAGUGUUUAUUCUAUUAUUAUCGUUAUUGUUAUUAUUAUUAUUAUUCUAUUGUUUGUUUCACUGUUUGUUUCUCGAUUUUUUCGAUCAUUACGAAUUUUUACGUAUUUUAAUCGGCCUCGGUGACGAGCGUUUGAAGUUUGUGAUGUCAAAACUAAAUACUUUGCCUUCAUUUGACUUAGCCCCUCCCCUCAACACCCAAACCCCUCCCCCACAACUACGCUCUAUAAAGAUAAAAAGAAAAGAAAAAAAGGACAAAAAAAAGAAGUGAUAAGUUGUUGUUCAUAUAAUAAUACAGUAUUACUGUAAGCUCCUCCUCCUUCUUCCACACCUUCUGUUUUUAACUUCGUUUAUAAAGACUUGUAAAAAAAUGCUUUAGCGUUUGCUACUCUAAUGUCGUUAUAAAGUGGAUACAUUUUUAGUGAAGAAGAAAAACGUACAACAUAACGUACCCUUAUGCACAUCUGAUGCAAGCAUGCCUGUAGAUACAACACUGAAGACAAAUGAAGACACUUCCUGUUUAAAGAUUGAAAAAGUUGCCUCUUCUAAUCUAUUUUUGAAAGGUUUUGGGACGUCCGCCGGCAUCACAACCACAACCUGGCAGCUACAGUAUAUAUCCGUAACGGUGAACCUUGUUUUAGAAUGAUGACAACCACCAACCAAUCACAGCUCUGCACAUAAAAUGACAAUAAAAAAACAUCCCUAUGGACAUCAUCUCAAUAGAUUUUGGGUUUGUUUUGAUUGUUUGUUUGUUUUUUUGUUUAUUUUUGGUUUUAUAAAUAAUAAAUUUGAUCUUGGAAGCAUUA